UGCCAACCCACCACGCGCUGUUGCAGGAUUUCAUACCGUUAAGCGAUGUGGUCGAGUCGAGUCGCCGUUCAGCGGUUGCAGAGGAUUGCUGCUGCUCAGCUCACCAUCAGCACCAUGCACCGGGCUCAGUCCACACUCCCACGCGUUUACGUCACACGGAGCAUGCCGCCAGACGGACUGGACAUUCUUAGAAAGUCUGGACAGGUGCAGUUUGACAUGUGGGACUCGGAUGACCCAGUGCCCCGAGCUGAGCUCUUGAAGAAGGUCAAAGGAGUGGACGCCCUCUUUUGCGUGCUGACAGAGAAGAUAGACGCUGAACUUCUGGAUGCAGCUGGUCCAAAUCUGAGGGUGGUCAGCACUAUGUCAGUAGGAUAUGAUCAUCUCUCUCUAGAUGAACUCAAAAAAAGGGGGAUCCGUGUGGGCUACACUCCAGAUGUGCUGACCGAUGCUGUGGCUGAACUUACUGUUGCUCUGCUGCUAUGUACAUCCAGACGCCUCGUUGAAGCAACACACGAAGCCAAAACGGGAGGCUGGGGUACCUGGAGAACACUAUGGCUGUGUGGGUAUGAACUGGCUAACAGCACUGUUGGAAUAAUGGGACUAGGAAGAAUUGGACUGGCCAUUGCUGAGAGACUUAAGCCCUUUAAAGUGAAGAAAUUCAUCUAUUCAGAUGUGUCUCCCAGGCCUGAGCUGGCAAAUCAGAUUCAGGCAGAAUAUGUCUCUAUGGACGAGUUGGCCAAACAAUCUGACUUCCUGGCAGUGUGCUGUGCACUGACACCAGAGACUCAGGGCAUCUGUAAUAAAGAACUCUUCUCCAAGAUGAAGGACACCUCGAUCUUCAUCAACACAAGCAGGGGUGGUGUAGUGAAUCAAGAAGAUCUGUAUGAGGCACUGUCCACUGGACAGAUUGCUGCCGCCGGAUUGGACGUCACCGUGCCUGAGCCCCUCCCCACCAGCCACCCACUCUUCACCCUGAAGAACUGUGUGAUUCUGCCCCACAUUGCCAGUGCCUCCUUCACCACACGGAAUGCAAUGUCAUCCCUGGCAGCCAAUAAUCUGCUAGCUGGUUUGAGAGGGGAUCCAAUGGAAAAAGAGCUUCAACUAUAAUCCUUACCUGCACAUUGUACAUUAAAAUAGACCACAUGCCUUUAAAGAUAUAGGGUUAAUGAUACCGGAGAAAGAUUAUUGAUAUUUGAGCUCAACAGUCAGAAAAUAGUCCCUUCAGUGUUCCAUAGGUUUGUGAUAGGGAAAUAGCACCACCUGUUUGUGAUUAGAUGCAAUAGUGUUGUGUGAGUGUCAAGUCAAGUCAAGUCGGCUUUAUUGUCAAUUUCUUUACAUGCACUGGUCAUACAAAGAAUUUAAAUUUCGUUUCUUACUUUCCCAUGCAGACAUAGACAUACUUUAAAUACAGACAUAGACAUACUGAGUGGAUGCACAUUCUGUUUGUUUUCAGUUUACGGAGCUAGGGUUGUGUACUUGUGUAUUUUUUUUCAAUGUGCACACACAAUGGACCGCUAUAGCGCAUCCUGAGGAGAUAUUUGCUAAAUGUGAUAAAACGUGUAUGGCCUUAGAAUUGUUCCUUUAAGGGAACUUUGGUUAUGCUCAGAGAUAAACACACACAGACAUCACUUCUCCUCAAACUGUAGUCUCUACAUUUCUGUACUUUUACAUUCACCUGUAAAGAAUGUUUUUGGACUACAGUGGACCAGGGGAACCAUCCUCUGCUAAUUUUAUGAAUGAAGUUUGAGUGCCCUUCUACUACAUAAAUGACAUUCAAUCAUUACUAUUCCUUUAAGUAUUGCUGAUUUUUAAAUGUGAUUAUAUACAUGUCAAUUUUAAGGCUGGGGCAUAUGAGUCACACCCUUUAUCCUCAUUAAUAAAGAAUGAGUAUUUGUAAGUGACAAACACUAAAGUACUAUA